AUGGCCCGCACCAAACAAACCGCCCGCAAAUCCACCUGCGGCAAAGCCCCCCGCAAAGCCCUCGCCACAGGCCACUGCCGCCUCCGCCGCAUCUCCUCCCCCCCUUACCUCGGGCGCCCCAAAGUCUCCGGGACCUGGACGAAGAAUCGGCUCGGCCAAAGGGUCCAUACGACGGGGCGUGCGGAUGGAGAGGAUCCUGCGGGUCGGGAGGUGAUGGUUGUGCCGAAUCAUUGCGCGGUUGUGCAGAGGUUGAGGGUGAGGCAGUUGAAGAAGGGAAAGGCUGCUGGGAGGGGGAAGGGCCCCAGGGGAAGGAAAGGGGAAGGGGGGAGUGCGAUUGAGCGGCUGCCGAACGAAUUGCUACACGAGAUCCUCGCGCUGCUGAUCAGGACGAAUACGAUCUUCCACUUCAGCCCAGAAGUCGGGGUCAAACCACCCCACCGCCAACUCCACUCCAUCCACGCCCUCUCCCUCUCCCACACCUCCUCCCCACCACCCUCCUCAGGCCUCCCCCUCGCCUCCAUCAGCAAACGCUUCCACUCCCUCGUCUACACAAUCUUCUACUCCCAAAACACCUUCAUCCUCGAACUCUGCGGUUUCCGUGGCGGCCUCACAAGCCACAUCUCCGUCGAACACACCGGCUCCAUGCUAGACAGCGUCGACAACCUCCCUCCCAACCUCGAGUCCUGGAAUAAAAUCGUGCCUGCGACGAGGAAGACGGAUCUUGCGUCUCCGCUUUCGAGCGGGGCGAUGGAGUAUAUCUCGGAUCUUACGAUUUGCGUCGGGUUAUCGUCUUCUGAUGUCGGGGAUGAGGAGAGGGAGACGGUGAGGGAGAUGUUGGAGGGGAUCAAGGCUUGUUUUCCGGAGGGGGGAAGGAAGAUGAGACGGCUGGUUGUGAAUGUUGAUGUUUUGAGGCGGAGGCGCGGGAGGCUGGUCAGUCAGUCGCUUGUGCUUCGCACGCUGGAUGGUGUGUUUGAGAUGGGAUUAAAAGACCCCGCAAAUAAGAUUUACGGGGGACGACCGUCAAAAGUGUUCCAGGAUGCCAUUGACGCCGUUGAGGGGUUGGACUCCAACGAAGCACAAGGUCGUACAUACCUCUUGCAGUCUUGA